CACCGUACUUGUGUCACAUCUAAACUCUUCCUCCUGUCGGCUCCCCUCGUUGUAGCUGUUUCUGUCGUUACAACAGCACGAUAGCAAGAUGAGCGGAGUAGACGGUAAAAAGGGUCCUUCCGCCAGUGUGAUGGAGUGGAUCGGUUCAGCUUGUCGGUUUGCAACGGACAAAAAUGACUUCAGAAGGAAUCUACUGGUCAACCUGGGCUUGUUUGCAGCUGGUGUUUGGGUUGCAAGAAAUCUCUCAGAUUUUGACCUGAUGUCUCCUCAGCCCAUGACAUAACAUAUUCAAAAUACAUCACCGCUAAAACCAGGAUAAUGGUGUCUUGGACCAACAAAGAAGAUACGAGGGUCGUGAAUGAAUGACUUUUGUUUGACUAGUUUUCCUUUAACAAAUCAGACCCAAAUCAGCU